UCCCAAUGCAACUAGGAAACGUUAUUUUAGAUGGUGAUGUACGUAGGCAACUUUACACGGCAAAAGCUCUAUGGUGCGGAAGUAGGUAAACUCCAUCCAAAUCGGUCUCUCUUUAUCUCAAGAUUGAUAAUGACAUUCGAUCAAAGGUGUAUGAAUAUGGGUGCUUUGAGAAGCCUCGUACGUGUUCGAUGAAAUGCGCAAAAGAAAUCUUGUUGUGAAAGUCAAUCAAAUGGAGAGUAACAGGAGUAAAACAUGAGCGCUUUAUGUGACCCACCAUACUUUGUCAUUUACGAGCUUCCAAAAACGGUCAACAAUUGGUUAAUUUCAAUAAUUGUUCACAUUGGUAAACAUCUACCGACUAUGACGAAUCCAUCCACAUCUAAAUCCGGAAUCAUUUGCUUGGACAUCGAUUGAACAAACCAUGCUUCGAAGUCAAAGAUUGUGGGUGGAAUCUGUUCCUAACGAGCUAUGUUUUAAUUUGCUAUAUCGUCGUCUCCAAUCUGACUUGUUCAAAACACAACCACUUCUCAAUCAACAUUAAAACAUCAAUGUCAAGCAUCAUCGAGCUCUUUCUCUCAUGCUUCGUGAUUUUCUACCUUCACAAGUCUUACGCAGUCGACACCAUGACUGUAGCUGAAUCUCUCACAGACGGAGAUACAUUAACUUCAGCUGGAGGAAUCUUCAAAAUGGGAUUUUUCAGUCCAGGUAAUUCUACAAAUCGGUAUGUAGGCAUAUGGUAUACAAACGCUUCUGUUCUCACAGUCGUUUGGGUUGCAAACAGACAAUUUCCCCUCACUAAAAAUUCAGGUGUUCUUCAACUCGUUCGUAAUCGUAAUCUCAUCAUCCUAGACAGCAUUCAAUCCAAUAACACAAUAUGGUCGUCUUCUUCUUCUUCUUCUUCUUCUUCUUCACAUAUAUCGAAAAAACCUGCAUUGAAUCCAGUUUUACAGCUAUUAGACUCAGGAAAUCUCGUUAUAAGAGACGAAAACGACCAGAAUCCUGAAAAUUUCCAUUGGCAAAGCUUCGAUCAUCCUGUUGACACUCUUCUACCUGGCAUGAAGCUCGGAAUAAACUUCAAGACAGGUUUAGAGACAUAUCUAUCAUCAUGGAAAACAUCAGAUGAUCCAUCACCAGGUGAUUAUAAUUACCGAUUUGAUUACACAGGGUACCCACAAUUAAUCAUGAGAAAGAAAUCGGUUAUCUCUUUUAGAUUAGGUUCAUGGAAUGGUCUAGGGUUUAGUGGAAUCCCAAUUUCAAAACCUGCAAUUAACGCUAGCUACAAAAUCGACUUAAUUGUGAAUGAGAAUGAAGUUUCCUAUACUUAUAAUCUUGUUAACAAAUCAUCGACAUUCUCAAAGCUUUCAAUCACACCUAGUGGAACAGCACAACGGAUAUCAUUUGUGAAACAAACAAAAAGUUGGAGAGUUCUUUUUACUGCUCCUGCUGAUCAUUGUGAUGAGUAUUCAAGAUGUGGUGCUUAUAGUACUUGUAGUCUUUUAUGUCAGUGUUUGGACAAAUUUACCCCUAGAAACCAAAAGGAAUGGGAGGUGAACGAUGGGUCUAGUGGGUGUGUAAGGGUAAAAAAUUUGGAAUGUAAAACUGAUGGGUUUAGAAAAUAUUCUGGGCUUAAAUUGCCAGAUACACGGUUUUCUUGGUUUGAUAAGAACAUGAAUUUGGAAGAAUGUGAAAUGAAAUGUUUAAAAAAUUGCUCAUGUAUGGCGUAUGCGAGAUUAAAUAUAUUGGAAGGAAGUGGGUGUUUGAUUUGGUUUGGUGAUUUAGUUGACAUGAAAGAUUUAUCUGUUAAUGUUCAAGAUAUAUAUGUGAGGAUGGCUUCUUCUGAUUCGGAUCAUACAGUUUUGAAAUCAUCUGAUGAUAAGAAGAAAAAAGUGAUGAUUAAAGUUUUAUUGCCGUUAGUUUUUGGGACUUUAAUUAUGGUAAUGAGCUUGAUGGUGUGUUAUUUGAGGAAGAAAAAGAGAACACAGAUGAAUAUGGAAGGGAGAUUGAGAAAUAUAAAUGAGACGCGAAAUGAAGAUAUGGAGUUACAAUUGUUUGCUUUACAAAGCGUAAUAAAAGCUACAAAAAACUUCUCGUUGAGUUGUAAGCUUGGAGAAGGUGGAUUUGGUCCCGUUUACAAGGGGAUCUUAGGCGAGGGGCAAGAAGUAGCUGUGAAGCGACUCUCGAAAACAUCAACACAAGGUUUAGAAGAAUUCAAGAACGAAGUUAUUUGUAUAGCAAAACUCCAACAUAGAAAUCUUGUAAAACUUAUCGGAUAUUGCAUGGAAGAUGAUGAAAUGAUGUUGAUAUAUGAAUACAUGCCCAACAAUAGUCUAGACUCGAUUAUAUUUGAUGAAAAACGAAGGAAAUUACUAGACUGGCCUACACGUUACCACAUUAUUAACGGGAUUGCUCGUGGACUUCUUUACCUUCAUCAAGAUUCAAGAUUGAGGAUUAUUCAUAGAGAUUUAAAAGCUAGUAAUGUUUUGUUGGAUUCUGAUAUGAACCCUAAAAUAUCGGAUUUUGGAUUGGCGAGAAGAUUUGGAGGAAAUGAGAUGGGAUCUAAUACAAGAAUGGUGGUGGGAACAUAUGGUUAUAUGUCUCCCGAGUAUGCUGUUCAUGGGCUUUUCUCGGUGAAAUCAGAUGUAUUUAGCUUUGGAGUUUUACUAUUGGAAAUCGUGAGUGGCAAGAAAAACAGAGGCUUCUUUCAACAGGACCACAGUGAUAAUCUUCUUGGUCAUGCAUGGAGGCUGUAUAAAGAAGAUCGAUCCAUGGAACUAAUCGAUGAAGCAUUACUGGAAUCAUUCUCUGUUUCAGAAGCGAUGAGGUCAAUUCAGGUAGGUCUGUUAUGCGUCCAACACUCUCCCGGCGACCGGCCAAAUAUGUCAUCGGUGGUUGUGAUGUUGGCCGGCGAAGGUUCGUUGCCGGAACCUAAACAACCUGGUUUUUUCACCGAAGACAAUAUUCUUCAAGCUCAAUGUUCUUCAAGUGUAGCUACCCAGUUUUCGGUUAACGAAGUCACCAUUACACUUUUAGAUGGUCGAUAGUAUGAAUAAUCGUAUCAUAUUUUGUUAAAAAUCUGUAAUCGAUGAUUCUAGAAUUUCGAUUAUGGAAGAAUUAUUGAUUUUGUACAUUUAUCAAGGAACAUAUGAAAAUAGUAAAUUACAUUUGAUCGAA